UGUAUUUUUGGAAAAGGAUUCCAGUUACUGAAAAAUUAAUUGUUCUCUAGCCAAUCAUUACAGAUAUUGUAAAUAGACUUCUAUUUUUAUUAAAUAUUUGUAGUUAAUAAAAUGUUUUUACACGUGUAAUUGCGAGUUCGACCUUCCCAAACAUUUAAAUUCAAGUGCCUUGUGGUGCGCUCAUAUGCUCCAUUUAUCGUCGUCUGCUCCGAAGUCGGCGUAUAUGUCAAAAAAAAAAAGAUGGCGUUUAUGUGACACAUGCAUCGUUUGUGUGUGUUCCAAAUACUUCAGACGCAGUCCCCAGAAUUAAACAAUAGUUCAUAAAAAUGUCAAGUAUUACGAUAUCGGCAAUUCGGCCUCGAACUAGUAUACUUGACAAGUCACUGAGCAAAGGCAAGGGAGAAGUGAGCCUCAGCUGCUAUGCCCUCCUUUUUUCUGAACUGGUUCAGUACUGUCAAAACAGAGUUUACACCGUACCUGAACUGCAAAACAAAUUAUCCGAAAUGGGAGCCGAAGUGGGCCACAGGGUGACUGAUUUGUUGGUGGUCAGAGAAAAGGGGAGCAAACGCGAGAUAAAACUCCUCAACAUUUUAUUGUUUAUCAAGAGCACACUGUGGAAAUCUCUGUUUGGCCGUGAAGCGGAUAAGCUUGAGCACGCAAAUGAUGACGAGAGAACGUACUACAUCAUCGAAAAAGAGUCAUUGGUUAAUAAGUACAUCUCGGUGCCCAAGGACAAAGGAAGCUUGAACUGUGCAUCUUUUGUUGCUGGGAUCAUUGAAGCUGUAUUGUGUGAUUGUGGAUUUGUAUGUACAUUUGAAUCUUUGCCUGCAAAAGUUACUGCUCAUUGGCAUAAAGGGACAACAUACAUGGUCAAAUUUGACGAUACUGUGAUCGCACGGGAUAAGCAACUUGAAGAUAGAUAAUAAGUAAACUUAAAUACAAUGACAAAGUUUAUAGAUAAAUAUUACUUAUUGUUAGUCUUAUUUUAAGUUAAUUCCAUGAUUGAUUGAAAGUAUGAAAAAUCACGUUAUAUAAGUGUUACAUAAAGUGUAAAUAAUUGUUUGAAUAACGAUUUCAUUUAUAUUUUUUCAUACAUCCUUUGAGACAGAUUACUAUGUACUGUACUUUUUUUUAUUGCUAAUAAAUUCAACUUGAGAAGUUA